UGAAUGAGUUAGAACUUGAGUGGAAAAGUGAUAAACACGCGCAGUAAGCGGGGCGUAUCUUUAACAUCAAUCUCACACGUUUGGAUUGUUUUGAACGUUUCCUUGUUAUUGGAUAAAAUAGUAGGGCAACAUUCAGAUUUUCAGUUCAGGACUUCAAAUUAAGGACUUCAAGGUUUCAAUUUAGCAGACAAGGACUUGUUUAUUUGACCAUAAAUACCUCCAUUGACAACGUUGUGUUGCCACAGCUAUUCAUUUGUUUCAUCCUCUAUUCCUUUGGUUUGAAUUAUACCAAUCUCCAAGUUUUUAGAGGAACAAUGACUAUCCUCAUUGAGCAGCCAGAUCUUGACUCACGAGCAGAGGAUCUGCAGAAGCUUUCAUCUGAUAUCAAUGAGUUGGUGUUAGAUGGUGGAUUUGUAGUGCCUAAAAGUAGUGUAUCAUGUAAUGGAUUGGAAGCAGAAGAACUUGUCUCAAACAAUGCAUUUCUGGCACCAGAAAUCAAUUCAUUCGGCCGCUCAUUCAGAGAUUAUGAUGCAGAAAACGAAAGGCAAAAGAGCGUGGAAGAAUUCUACCGCCUGCAACACAUUAACCAAACACAUGAUUUUGUGAAGAGAAUGAGAAAGGAGUAUGGGAAAUUGAACAGAGUGGAGAUGAGCAUAUGGGAAUGUUGUGAACUCCUCAAUGAGGUUGUGGAUGAGAGUGAUCCUGACUUGGAUGAACCUCAAAUCAUGCACUUGCUACAAUCUGCUGAAGCAAUCAGAAAAGAUUACCCUGAUGAAGAUUGGUUGCACUUGACUGCUCUUAUUCAUGAUCUUGGAAAGGUUCUCCUUCUUCCUAGCUUUGGAGGGCUUCCUCAAUGGGCUGUUGUUGGAGACACAUUUCCUCUUGGUUGUGCUUUUGAUGAAUCAAACGUUCACCACAAGCAUUUCAAGGAAAAUCCUGAUUACAACAAUCCUGCUUACAAUACCAAGUACGGAAUUUAUUCUGAAGGAUGUGGACUAGACAAUGUGGUGAUAUCAUGGGGGCAUGAUGAUUACAUGUACUUGGUGGCUAAGGAAAACGAGACAACUCUACCUCCGGCUGCAUUAUUCAUUAUCCGAUACCACUCGUUUUAUCCUUUGCAUACGGCUGGAGGGUAUAAACACCUGAUGAAUGAGGAGGACACUAAGAAUUUGCAGUGGCUUAAAGUAUUCAACAAGUAUGAUCUUUACAGCAAGAGCAAAGAGCCAAUUGAUGUUGAAAAAGUCAAGCCAUAUUAUCUAUCCCUCAUUGAAAAGUAUUUCCCACAAAAGCUCAGAUGGUGAGAAGCUUGGAAUUUUGCAGCUGCUGGAUCAAGGAAAGUCAUGAGUGAUAUUGAGUGAUGCUUUGCAAGAGGAUUAAUGGAAAUGAUUUUAUAAUUGAAGUUA